AUGAGUGCAAGAGAAGAGCUUCAGUGGGGGAUACGGAAAAGGAUAGGGAAUGGACUUUCAACUAGAAUAUGGGAAGACCAGUGGAUCCCAAACCAACCUCUAGGGAAACCUACCACAGCCAAGCCAGAAGAAUGUCAAAUACAAAAAGUUGUUGACCUGAUUGAGGACUACAGGUGGAAUAGGAACCUCAUCUUCAAAAAUUUCAAAAGAGGGGAUGCUGAAAGCAUUCUCAAGAUCCCCACAAGCAUGACAGGAAGAGAGGACAACACCUUAUGGAUAGGGAACCAAAAUGGAGAGUAUACGAUGCAAUCAGGCUACAAGUCUAUACAGGCUAAGAAAGAACAAGAGGGAAGAGAAAGAGGAAAUGGGAUCGAGUCAAGCAGCAGUCAAAGAAGGCAUCACAUGUGGAGAGUUCUAUGGAGUCUAAAUAUCAGUCAUAAAAUUAAGAUAUUCAUAUGGAAAGGUCUAAAAGAAGCUGUUCCAGUCAAAGAGUUAAUUUGGAGACGAAUGAUGAAAGGAGAUCCAAUAUGCUCAGGAUGUGGAGAGGAUAUAGAAACGCUGAAACAUAUGCUGCUGGAAUGCAAUAGAGCAAAGGAAAUCUGGAAAGUAGCCCCAGUACAAUGGGAUGGGAUUCAGGAGUUGACUUGGAAUUUCAACACCUGGAAUGACAAAGAGUUCAACAACAAAACACAAGAACCAGGGCAGGUGAUCAAUAAAGCCUGGAAUGCUUGGAUAGAGUUCAAUGAUGGGAUCAAAAAAGCCAGGAGCUGUAACAUUGGUAAAACAACAACACCACAUCAAACGGACGAACAAGAGGUCAGACAAAAUCUAGAAAUCAGACCAGGAGGAAUGCAUAUCAGAAUAUCAACCAAAUGGAAUAAAGAAACAAAGUCCAUUGGUUAUGGUAUUGUAGCAGCUGACAGUAGGGGACAGGAUGUGUUGGGAUGGAAAAUGAGGGAAAGAGAAAGCAACAACCAACUUCAACAUGAAGCUGAAGGUGUCAAACUGGCCUUGAUCAAAGCAGCAGAACAAGGUUGGAGACUAGUAUGCAUUGAAGUUCCAGGUAAAGACCUACUGCAACAAAUUCAAGGGAUUAAAACAGUGGAUAUGUGGCUAGCUACCCUGAUAGAUGAUAUCCAUGAGCUGAGUAUUAUGUUUUACAAAUGCUCAUUUUGCCUAGGGAAAUCUAAUAGGAAUGAUCUAAGUUGUUUGUUUAGGGCUCAAGUUUUGAGCAAUUAUCAUGAUAUAGAAUGGGUUAAUCCCAACAUACUGUGCUAA